GCCUUGUUUACCUCCUGCCAUAUAAUUAGGGCCCCUCCCCACUUCGCUUUGUGAUUGGUGCCUAGUUGUGCAUUCCAGGAGUGGUGGUAUACCGUAAUUACUGAGGAGUACCAAAACUAAUGCAUUCAACCUUCAACAGAUCUAGGUAAGGCUCUUUCUGAGGAGCGUGCAAAGUUCACUGAGGAGUAUGCGAAGCUUGAGAAACAAUUCAACGAUGCCCGCCGGGAGCAUAUGAAGGCGGUAGUGUCGCUACGACAAGCUGAGCGUCAGCUGGCGAGGGAAAAGGAGAAAGGCAAGGAACAAAUAGCACAGAAGCAGAAGGACUUCGACACUCAUAUGGAUAAAUACAAGGCUCGGAUGAAGGGAGUUGAACAGGAACGGAACAUGCUGCUUGCUACAGUGAGGCAGGAAGGACUCAAGCCUCUAAGACAACCUAUGUUACAACACUCCUCAGGAGAAGAAUCUGAAAAUGCAGACAAAGAAAAUCAAGAAGUCCCUUCUGCAAUAAAGCCUGCUCCUAAGCAGCGGCCUUCAGCCAAAGAGACCAGAAAAUGCAAAAGAAAAGCGCUGGGAAAGCCUUUAAAAGCAGGCCUUUUUGAAGACAAGAAACAAGGAGUAGGCACUCAUUCAAUGGUUGAUGUGUUGAAAGACUUACAAUCUUUGUCUGCAGCCAUCCUUCUAGAUGACGAUGAAAAUGGGGAAAAAGGGUAGAGAGAUUCAAAAUGGGAUGAGAUUGCAUUGAAUUAAAGUGUUUUCGUAAAUGUU